GUUGCAGAGGGUCACAGUGACCACACUGACUCCUGGACUCCACCCAAAGCUCCUACAGUGGACACGUGAGCAUCAAAACUCAACCAUGGAGCAGUGGAAGAAGGAGGUCUGGUCUGAUGGAUCACGUGAUGAAGUGCUGGCACCCCGAUGCUGUUUAAGAAGAUGACAAGAUGUUUGAGACAGUGUGAUGAUCAUGUGGAUGUUACCAUCAUUUACUGGAACACUGCUGCAGACCAAGUUCAAUGUCCUACACCAGGAUCUGGAAGUUCUCAGCAGGAUAAAGUUCUCCAAACUCCCAGAUGUAAAGAGACAAGAAACCUGAUGUAAAGCUUCUACAGUCAGUCAGCAGAAAUACAGCAACAUGGACAACAGAGAUCUGUGUAGACGUCAUAAAACAGUCCAGUGUGAAUUUGUGUCAUUACGUCUUUCACACCCCCGUGUCGUCGCCCUUUCCUCCCUCAGCAUUUUUCCUCUUAAGAAAGAAGCGAGAGAUUAAAGUUUGCGUGCGGUUUCACUGCUGCAGAUCUGCAGAGCGUCGCGUUCCUUUGAGCUUCGACAUCCACACUCACUUCCUGUUCCUGUCCUCAGAGAGCGAUAUUCACUCUAUUGUUCUCGUUCAGUCGCUCGACUCUGCGUUGGCCAAAAGAGGGGUCAAAGGUCACUCCUUCACCAUCACGCUGACCUUUUUUGACCCCUUUUAAUGACUGAGAUCCUCAAUGGAUGCUUUACUGGUAUAAAACUGGGCUCUGAGAGGUUUUCAAAAGCUACAGAUGAUGGCGAUGACACUGUCGGAGUUCACUCGCUCUCUGGACCCUGAAACGCUGCCCAGGAUUCUGCAGAUUCAGUCUGGGAUUUACUGUCCAGGUUCAGUUUACGAGCUCUUCGGGAGAGCAUGUUCUCUCUCCACUGGAGAACUGGUGAAGAUCAUCGACAUAACCAUCACCAGAUUCAUCGCACAGACUGCAGACGGGACGGAGAUCAUCCUGCCGUUAGAUUAUCCAGGUCUCUUCAGGAUCGUAGCAGACCCCGAGCCUUAUCUGAGCGUCCAGGAGAUCGUGCACUCGCUGAAGGUCGGUGAUCAUGUCCUCGGCCAGCCCGUGUUCGUGUCCACGGGUAAAAUCACUCUUCCACAAGGCUCGCUGAAGAAGAGAGAGAGCUUCCGAAUUACCUCCAUCCUUCGUGAUCUGAACGGUGGUGAAGACCAAAUUGUAUGCGAGGUUCUCCAUCGUGAGCCAAAGUUCUGCUUCAUGCUCAGCUUCUCGCAGAAAGGGAAUUUCACAGAAUGUGAAGAUGAUCAGUUUUACACACUCCAAGAGCUUGCAAAGUGGAAAAUCCCUAAUGGAAGGAAGCGAAUCGUGACCAUAGUAAAAGAUUUACCUGUGAAGGAUUUGCUGUUCUCAAAUUUGUUGGAAAACGUGUUUGGAGAGUUGAUGUUAUCUCCUGUGUACGAGUUACAAGCCGUCACAUCGGUGGGGAAGGACAAAGUCGUCAUUCCAUCCAACCUGGACGUGGAAGUCAUGGAAGUGACGGAUCAGAUUGACACAAGCGCUUUCAUCCAUCCACUUUCCCUUCAGGACGUUUUCCAAAAACCUUGUGAGAUCUUUCCAUUUGUGGCUGAAGUGAUUGAAAGCCCUACAAUUGAAGUAAACAUGCCAGAAGAGAUGGCAUUCCUGUCCAAUUGCAAACAAAUCAUCGUACACUGUGCUUACAAAGCCAAGCGAAUCCUUGCCACAGAAAUCCGCCAAGAAUCACCGAAACAUUUCCUGAUUCCUUCAAGCUAUAACGGACGAUUAAAGCGGCGACCUCGUGAAUUUCCGACGUCGUACGACCUAAAGCGAGCACAAAGCAACACUGAAAACCUGCACGUUGUGGCGACCAGGGCUUUUGAUUCUGUUUAUGAUGGUCUGGCCUCUGUUCUUGUGGGGGAUGAGUUUCAGAUAAAGAAAAAAGAACCUAAUCAUGUUGAAAACAGAGAUACGGCAGAAUUUCUGAAGUGUUUGAAGAUUAAGGGGAAGUCCCAGGAGGUUGUGCGUCUCCCAAUGUUUAUAGAUGGUGGGUUUAUGGAAGUCAUCCAUGAUAAACGACAGUAUUCCAUUUCAGAGAUCUGCCAUUGGUUCCCUUUGCCGUUUAACGUCAAGGUUUCCGUUCGUGACCUUUCUUUAAAGGAGGACAUUUUGGCUGGAGCUCCAGGUCUACGAAUUGAGGAGGAAAUUAUUGACCCUUAUCUGCUUGUCUCUUCCACUGACCUCUCGUCCUGGUGGGAGAUUUCAGUGAAUCGCACUCACAUGACCCUUCACAUGGAUAAAAGGUGGCAUGGCGGGGAACCGCCGUCUGGUGUGACCCCGUUUGUUGAAAUGAUUUCUGAGAAAAGUUACUACACCAUGAGGAGGUAUGCUGUAGCCACGGUAACACCCCCACCGCGCCCUCCGAAAACACCCAGACGGCCUCCAGAGCGACCAAUCAGGACACAGCAAACAAAAUCAGAAAAAACCUCCACCUGCUCGCCAAAGCUUACGGUGAAGAGUCGAGAAAGUCCCACGAACAGCAAUACAGCAGAAAUGGAGAAAAACACCAUCAUUCCUGCUACAUUACCCAGAAUUACUGUACAGACAGCUGUCAGCAGAGGCCACAGUUUGGAGGAUGUGUGUGUAAACCAAACAAAGGAUGAUGACGCUCAUGAUUACGAAUACAUCGAUGAAGAUGAACUGGAGAAAAUCAGGAAGCAGUUCAGUGAACAGUCCGUUAGCAUUUCUGCUAAAGAUAAACCGAGUAACACAAUAUAGCUGUAUAUCUGUCCUGUAAUGACACUAUAUGGACACGAACAUCUAGUUGGAGAUUUCUUUCAUCUUCCUGCUGUUACAGAGAGAGAGAGAGAGAGAGAGAGAGAGAGAGAGAGAGAGAGAGAGAGAGAGAGAGAGAGAGAGAGAUGAACUGAGUGAAAGCUUUUAAGUGGAUGAUGUCAGCAGUCAAUUAACGAUCACUUUAAAUUAGCAUAUUAUGCAAAUUUACACUAUGCCAAUAAAAAACAAGAUUCUACUGAGAGCUCUAAAAUUAUUGCUUUUUUGUUUUAUCUCUGUAUUAAAAUAUUAACGUGUAAAGUGAUGAUUUUGGAGCACAGCUGUGAUGUCAAUACCUUUAUUUUCAUGAUUAGAUUUUUGAUAGGAUUUAGAAUUUGUGUACAAAACUGAGACAAAUUUGUGAGUUAUGUAUUUCAUUGUACAAUGUUUGAAAAUUAACAAUCGUCAUUUUGAAAUAAAUUAUGAUUUUAUUUUUCUCCUAA